UGUCAAACAAGGAAAUACCAAGCCGUAUGAAAGCCCGUCGGAGACCCCUGAAUUCAAACUGCAUGCUGCGUAAUAUGUAGGGCAAUAAUCGUUAUAUAGAGGAAGCCGUCUUUGCAGCUCGAGCAAGCGACGCUUUUUAAUUUCUGGAUGGUCAAACGGAUCUGCUGCGUAACUGGCGGCCCGUCCUGCAAUGGAGUCUUCUCUAUAUCCUUUCAUAUCGGAUGUGGCGAGGAGGCAGCGGGCUGAUGGGAUAGGCAAGCCUUCUGGGGCCGACACUGACGAAUAUCCAUAUUCAUCCCUCCAACAAGGAGGCUUUUUCAUAUUGUUCUUUUUCCCGUCGAUCGCGCUUAUUGUCGUGGGGCUCAGGGUCUAUGGGAGAGUAAAAAGCAGGCAGUUCGGUUGGGAUGAUAGCCUGGCAUGUCUGGCUAUGAUAUUCUCGAUCGCUGAGACGGGGUGUUCUUACAUGGCAAUGCGCGCGGCAUUCCUUGGAGUGCACGUCUACGAUAUUCCGAGGACAGCCGACGUCAGUCUCGGAAUGUAUUGGAACUAUGUGAUACAAAUCCUAUAUAACCCGAUACUCGCGCUCGUCAAGUGCUCCGUAUUGAUGUUCCUCCUACGAAUAGGGGGGCAACGACGACGAAUUAGAUAUUCGAUCCACGCCCUCAAUAUUUUUACCAUCGGCUUGAUGAUCGCUAUAUUUGUUACUGCGAUCUUCCAGUGCUCGCCGAUCUCGUACUUUUGGGAACGCAUUACCAAUCCGACAAUGCAAGGAAAGUGUAUCGACACUGGUAUAUUCUAUGUGACGACUGCGGCGUUGACGAUAUUCACCGACGUGCUCGUUCUGGCUCUUCCUUUCUGGAUAUUCAUGGGAUUGAAAAUGGCGCCCAAGGUUAAGUUCGCUAUAAUGGUGGUGUUCUUAUUAGGAGCGGUUGUCACUGUUGUUAGCAUCCUUCGGUUGCUGUGGAUCAUCGAGACGUCUCUCUACCAAAUGAAGUUCGAUUACUCCUACGAUAUUCGAUUCACUUAUUCCGCCGUCGAAACGAACUUGGCAAUAAUCACAGCGUCGGGCCCAGCAUUACGACCCCUAUUCAUGGUUUGGUUCCCUCGGUUCUUCUCCUCCCUGCGUGGGACUGGCAAUCAGAACUACCGUUACAGAGAUGGACCGUAUGCGUUGAACGAUACAGGUAACACCGACAAGCCUAGCACAAACGGGGACAGCCCAAAGGGGGAUCAUCUCUACGGCACGUCAUCCUUUGCUCUGAGAAACAUGAAGGGACGGACAGAAAUACGGAGCCACUCGCCUACGACCAGCGAAGAAGAGAUUAUGACGUACAACGGCAUUGUACGCACAACAGAGGUUGAGAUUCAGUUUGUGCCACGGCCACAGUCGUCUCAUGAGGCCAAAUAAGGGAAGUCUCCAGCGAUAUGUAAUGUAAUAUUGAAAAUAGGUCGUGAUGCAUAUAUGACAUAUAGCAAAGUCCAGUUUACUUUGCUGCGAAAAAGGAUGGCUCCGAAAAUUUACGGAAAGGUGACGGCGUCGAUGUGCGGGUAGCUCUUAACUUCGAGUCGGGGUUAUUAAACACCAUAGGGUCGCCUCUAACUUAUCAAUAGCUCAAAGAUAGGUACCUAACCUAAGGUUAGGCCUAUGUAGUAACCGUAUUAAGGGGUAAAAUAAUCAUUAUCUAAAACUUGAUACGCUAUCAUCCUAUAUACUCUUUAUAACGCCA